CCCAUCUUCCUCCUUAAAAUAAACCUUUUUCUCGAACCUUCUCACCACUUGAGCUCUAUAAUAAAACCCACUUUCAUCUACCAUCUUCCUCAGUUGUCUCUCUAUCCAAUACUUUCCCCUCAAAAACAAACCAUGGCUUCCUUCACUAGCAAAUACGCCGAUGAGCUGAUCGCUAACGCCGCCUACAUCGGCACACCCGGAAAAGGCAUCCUCGCAGCAGACGAAUCAACCGGCACAAUCGGAAAACGUCUCUCCAGCAUCAACGUCGAGAACGUCGAGUCCAACAGACGCGCUCUCCGCGAGCUUCUCUUCACCACUCCUGGAGCUCUCCCUUGCCUCAGCGGCGUCAUCCUCUUCGAAGAAACUCUCUACCAGAAGAGCUCCAACGGUAAGCCUUUUGUGGAUAUUCUAAAGGAAGGAGGAGUGUUACCUGGCAUCAAAGUCGACAAGGGAACCGUCGAGCUACCCGGAACCAACGGCGAGACCACCACACAAGGUCUCGACGGUCUCGGAGACCGUUGCAAGAAGUACUACGACGCCGGUGCUCGUUUCGCCAAGUGGCGUGCGGUUCUCAAGAUCGGCUCAAACGAGCCGUCUGAGCUGGCUAUCCAAGAGAACGCUUACGGGUUAGCUAGAUACGCGGCUAUCUGUCAGGAGAACGGUCUUGUCCCCAUCGUGGAGCCUGAGAUCCUCGUUGACGGGUCUCAUGAUAUCAAGAAGUGUGCGGAGGUGACGGAGCGUGUCCUCGCGGCUUGCUACAAGGCACUGAGCGAUCACGGGGUCAUGCUGGAAGGAACGCUUCUGAAACCGAACAUGGUGACUCCGGGGUCGGAGAGCGGGAAAGUUGAACCAGAGGUGGUGGCGGAGUACACUGUUCGUGCGCUGCAGAGGACGGUGCCGGCGGCUGUUCCGGCUGUGGUGUUCUUGUCGGGAGGACAGAGCGAGGAAGAGGCGACGAGGAACCUGAACGCGAUGAAUAGGAUGAAGACGACGAAGAAGCCUUGGUCGCUGUCGUUUUCGUUUGGGAGGGCGUUGCAGCAGAGCACGCUGAGGACGUGGGGAGGGAAAGAGGAGAAUGUGAGGAAGGCGCAGGAGGCGUUCUUGGUUAGGUGCAAGGCUAACUCCGAGGCUACGCUUGGUGUUUACAAGGGUGAUGCUCAGCUUGGUGAAGGUGCGGCUGAGAGCCUUCACGUUAAGGACUACAAGUACUGAAAGGAUCCGUGGUUGUUUCAUAUCAUCGUUUUGUGUUUGUGUUUCCCCUUGAAAACUACCACUACUUAAUAAUCUUUUUUCAGUCUUGUGUGUUUUGUGUUUUGUUUAAAUUAGUGGUAACGUUUACAAGUUA